AUGGUCACUGAACCUCUCACGGCCUCUGCCGAGCGGCUCCAGGAUCAGUCGGCUGCGGUAUUCACAACCCUCAAUUAUGUGUGCGGCGGCUCCAGCGACGGGCCUCGCUUUGCUGCCAGGCUGGUGAAGGACGCCCCCUGGGACGAGGUUCCUCUGGCCCACUCGCUGGUGGGCUUCGCCACGGCCUACGACUUCCUGUACGAGUACCUGAGCAAAGGGCAGCAGGAGCGCUUCCUGCAGGUGAUCGGCAACGCCUCGCGCCUCAUGUACGAGAAGUCCUACGUCCGGGGCUGGGGCUUCCAGUACCUGCACAACCACCAGCCCACCAACUGCGUGGCCCUGCUCACAGGAAGUCUGGUCUACAUGACCCAGGGUUACCUUCAGGAGGCUUACCUGUGGACCAAGCAAGUCCUGUCCAUCAUGGAGAAGUCCAUGAUCCUCCUGCAGGACGUGACCGACGGCUCUCUGUACGAGGGGGUGGCCUACGGCAGCUACACCACCCGCUCUCUGUUCCAGUACAUGUUCCUGGUGCAGCGCCACUUCGCCAUUGACCACUUCAACCACCCCUGGCUGCUGAAGCACUUCGCCUUCCUCUACAGGACCAUCCUGCCUGGGUUUCAGCGGACUGUAGCCGUGGCGGACUCCAACUACAACUGGUUCUACGGGCCGGAGAGCCAGCUGAUAUUCCUGGACCGCUACGUCCUGCGGAACGGCAGCGGAAACUGGCUGGCCGACCUGAUCCACCAGAACCGGGUGCUGGAGGGGCCCGGCCAGGCCGGAAAGGGCCAGCGCUGGUGCACGCUCCACACGGAGUUCAUCUGGUACGACCCGGUCCUGGUCCCCAAGCCCCCCGCGGACUUCGGCACGGCUCAGCUGCACCACUUCGAGGACUGGGGGGUGGUCACCUACGGCAGCGCGCUCCCCGCGGACACCAACCACUCCUUCCUCUCCUUCAAGUCCGGGAAGCUGGGCGGGCGCGCCAUCUUCGACAUCGUCCACCAGAACAAGUACAGCGAGUGGAUCAAGGGGUGGCGGAACUUCAACGCGGGCCACGAGCACCCGGACCAGAACUCCUUCACCUUCGCCCCCAACGGCGUGCCCUUCAUCACCGAGGGGCUGUACGGCCCCAAGUACACGCUGCUCAACAACGCCGUAUUGUUCGCCUCCCCCCUCCCCGGGACCUGCUUCCAGCCCUGGGCCGGACAGGUGACCGAGGCCUGCGACUCCAAGUGGCUCAAGUACAAGGCGGGGCUGGCGGCGGACGCCCAGGGCCGCGUGGAGGCCGCCAUGAGGAGGGAGGGCGUGGUCUUCGUCCGGGGCGAGGCCCGCUCGGCCUACAGCCCCGAGCUGAAGAUCCGCAGCUUCCAGAGGAACCUCUUCCUCCUGCACCCGGAGCUCCUGGUCCUGGUGGACCACUUCCACCUGGACCCCGGCAGCCCCGCCUGGGCCAUGAGCGCCUUCUUCCACAACACCGAGCUGCCCUUCCAGGCCACGCAGGUGGACGGCGUCCACGGGGCCUUCGUGUCCCACGGCCAGGACAAAUACAAGAUGUUCUGGAUGGACGAUACUAGCCACAGCAGCAGGGGGGCCUCGGGGUACUGGACCUACCCCCGGGGCUACCCCUACAACGGCUCCAACUACGUCAACGUCACCAUGCCCCUCCGGUACCCCCACACCCGGGUGGCCUACAUCUUCUUCGGGCCGGGCGUGGACGUGCAGAGCUUCAGCCUGCGCGGAGACCACCAGCGGGUGGACGUCUACCUGUCCACCAAGGACCACUCCUACACCAUCUACCUGCUGACCGGCGAGGUGGUCGGCAAGCCGCUGUUCGCCAUGGUGCUGCUGGACCGCAAGAAGGUGGUGUUCGAGCGGGCGGCGGCGGCGGGGGGGGCGGGGGAGGAGCGCCCCCUGGAGGAGGUGGAGGAGUACGUGGGCCUGCUGGAGGACCGGCUGCAGCACGUGAAGCCGGUCUUCCAGCAGAUGGAGCGCCACGUCCUGGGCCGGACGCUCAGCGCCGCCAGCUUCCGCAAGACGGCCGAGCGCCUGCUGCAGUCCGCCGGCCGGAAGAAGGCGCAGGGGGCGGGGCCGAAGAUGUCCGCCAUGUCCGGGAGGCGCGGGCGGGCCCGGGCCGGCCCCCGGGGGGGCCUCCCCGAGGGCGUGCCCGACAUUUUUGCACAGAUCGAGGCCAGCGAACGCAGGGAGAGACAGAGGGCCGGCGGGGGGGCGGACCAGGACGGCCCCGAGGAGGGGGGGGGCGACUCCCGCGCCUUCCUGGACUACAGCGAUGGCCGCCGGGGCCGCAAGCCCCCCCCGCUCAAGGGAGGCAGCUUUAAAGAGGUGGGGGGCCAGGGGGGGGGCGGUCAGGGGGUGUCCAGCGCAGCCUCGUCCAUCCGCCUGUUCCUGCUGCUCAACACGGCCACCUUCUUCCUGCUGCUGGCCCUGCUGCUGACCCGCGUCCAGCGGGCGGCCAGCCUGCACACGCAGAGGUGCUUCUACACCGUCCUGCUGAUGGACAGCUUCAUCCUGCUCCUCCUCUACUCCUCCUGCUCACACAGCCAGUGCUAG